UCAGUCACUCACUUUAAACCUAUCAUCAUCAUCAUCAUCAAAACCCUAGGUACUACGAUCGAUCACAUGGCUACCAAACACGCUUCAGGAUCAUCAUCUGGUCAGGCGGCCAAACCGGGGCUUAGAAAACCGGUUUUUGUUAAGAUCGACAGCCUUAAACCGGGUACAUCCGGUUUAACACUUGUUGUUAAGGUUUUGAGUUCAGAAAUGGUGAUGCAAAAAGGACGUAACGUUCGCAUUGCUGAGUGUCUUGUUGGUGAUGACACUGGGACUAUCUUGUUCACUGCUCGUAACGAUCAAGUUGAUCUAAUGAAACCUGGUACUAGUGUCAACAUUCGCAAUGGAAAGAUUGACAUGUUUAAGGGUAUGAUGAGGCUUGUGGUAGACAGGUGGGGUCGUAUUGAGGUAACAGAUGCGGUUUCGUUUGAAGUCAAAGAGGACAACAAUCUUUCUCUUGUGGAGUAUGAGCUGGUUAAUGUUGCAGAGUAGGUAACCUGAUAGAUGGUAUUUCGUAAUGUUUAAUCUUUUGCUUUUAAUUUAUGCUGAUAGCCUGAUACACUACGGAUAUGGAUCCUAUUAGAAACACGGGUCUCUUAAGAUUUAUCAUGGAUAGUAUCUUAUGCUGGUUGGAUUUUGAUUAGGGGAAUGUAUUGGGCUUUAUAUAUUAUGCUAAUUAGGCUUUCGUUAUUCUCAAUUAAUUGAAUGUUUGUGAAUUGAAUGUUUGUG